AUGCCUUCGGCUAUCGUUACUGGUGCUACGGGCAUAACGGGUAGUGCUAUUGUCCACCACCUGUGUAAAGACUCUUCCUAUGACAAGAUUUACUCGCUUUCCCGGAGUAACCCAGGCUUCCAGGAUUUCAAGAUUCAACAUGCAACCCUCGACCUCCAAGCUAGUGCAGAUGAUAUGGCGAAGACUCUUGAGGGCAUCUCCGCUGAGUAUAUCUACUUCUGUGCCUAUCUGGCACGGGAUGACCCUGCGGAAUCAUCUCGCAUCAAUGGCGUUAUGCUUUCAAACUUUAUCCAAGCUCUGGAGACUACAGGGGCAAUCAAGAACCUGAAGCGCUUCGUCCUCACUUGUGGAUUUAAGCAUUACGGUGUGCAUCUCGGUAACUGUAAACAGCCCCUUCUCGAGGAUGACCCCAUCCUAGUUGGUAUCAAGGGUGGGGUUUCGUGGCCCCCUAUAUUUUACUACAACCAGGAGCGCAUUCUGGCCGAGGCCGCUAGUCGCGGUCAAUGGGAAUGGAUCGUCACACUCCCCGAAGAUGUCUUGGGAUAUGCACGAGGGAACUUUAUGAAUGAAGCUACUGCUCUAGGUUUAUACUGUGCUGUGAGCAAAGUCCUCCCUGGCUCGGAACUGCCGUUCCCCGGCUGCAAAGCGAACUAUUUUGCUUUCAAUUGCUGGACCUCGGCCAACCUACAUGCCAAAUUCUGUCUCUGGGCUGCGACCGCAAAGAAUGCGGGUAACAACAUCUUCAAUGUGAUGAACGGGGAUACAGAAUCGUUUCAAAACCUCUGGCCUCGCCUUGCGGCUCGCUUUGGUUGUAAAAUCCCCAAUCCUAUGUUCCCCAAUGGUGGCGUCCCGGACACGAAAGGGUUCAAAGAUUUUGAGUCCACCACAGUUCGGAUGCCAAACAAGCAUCCACUGACUGUUCGUGGGGUAGACAUUGGCAUUUCUCUUCACCCAGAGAAACAAGAAACUCCAACCUUAUUCCUCCAGGUCGAUCCAGAAAAAUGGGCGAAACGACGCGAUGUCGAUGAAGCAUGGGUCAAGAUACGAGAUACUUACAAACUUGACCAAGUGGCGUGGGACAAGGCUACAUGGGACUUUUUAACAUUUGUCUUGGGCAGAGACUGGAGCUGCGUAGGUAGUAUGAGUAAGGCUAGAAAGUUAGGCUGGACAGGUUAUGCCGAUACUUGGGAUGAGUUGGAGGAGACAUUCAAGAUUUUGGAAAAAGAAGGAAUCUUGCCACCUGUGGAGCAACUGAAAAGGGAUUUCUGA